AUGACUUCAUUAGCAAUUUUACCUCAUUUAAAGAGAUCAAUCACGGAUAUUAUGGAUGAGGAAUUAUACCAUGCACCCCCAUCUCCAAUACAAUUUAGUAAUGCAACAACCAAUACCAAUACACUUUCAAUUACUAAUCAACAACAACAGCAGUAUCAACUAGCUCCACAACAACACAAUAUUAAUACUACCAUGAAUUACACAGCAUCUAAGAAUUCAGUUAAUUCAUCACCAACUUUAACUCAUCAAAAUUCAUUUAAUAUUAGUAAUACCAAUUUAGGUAAUUUUCUUAAUAUUCCAGAUUCAUUCUUAGAUCAAAUUAAACAACAAAAUGCAUAUUCAUGGGAGAAUACCAAUCCUAUUUCUCAACAACAGCAACAUCAAUUUGCAUUUCCCUCGGUUCAACAACCUACUCCACACCCUGCAUCUCAACAACAACAACAGAAUCAACAACAACAGCCACAGCCACAGUUUGUUCAACAACCAUAUCCAUUCACUGACUAUGCAAACCCUAACUCAUUCAUUCGUCCUCAAUCAAUAAAUCGUCAAAUGUCCCCACCUCCAAUCCCAUUACCUCAAGCAUUCCCUCCAAGAACUAGAAGAAGAAGAAUCACCACUAUUGAUGAUGCUCAAGAAUCUUCAACUUCAAAUAAGAAAAAGUAUGAUCAAGAAUAUUUAUUAUAUAAUCCAGAUAUAUCACCUGCUCAUAUAAUUAGUCAAACUGAUUUGGAAUCUUCAUUUAUUGUACAACCAAAAUAUGAUAAUACUACUAUGGCUAAUGAUAUCAUCCCUGGUUAUGAAAAUGAUUAUUUAUUUAUGGAUGAUGAUGAAGAAGUUGAAGAUAUAGAGGAAGAUAUUGAAGAAGAUUUAUCUGAUGAAGAAGACGAUGAUGAUAAUUAUUUCCAUGUUGACGAAGAAUUUGAUGAAUUUAUGAUGAAUGGACCUUGGGCAAGUGGAUAUACUGUUGAUCCCGGCUAUUCUAUUGUUAAACAAGAAUUUGAACAACAGAUGAGAAAUGAAACUCAAGUAUUCAUUCCACCGGUUGAACAUCAAUUACAAGAGGAAGAAGUUCAUGAUCUUGAAUUUGAUGAUGAUGAAAUGAUGAUUGAUGAACAGAAUGAACAAGUACAUGUCAAACAAGAACAACAACAAUCACAACAAAUACCGGAACAACAACAACAACAACAACAACAAGAACAUCCAGAAGAGCAACAGCCAGUACUACCUGAACAAUUUCAGGAAAUGAAUACCCCACCUACAUCAUCAUCGAAAAAAUCAUCUUCUCAUCAUCAUAGUAAAUCUGCAGCCGAAAUAUCCGCAACCAAUCCCCACCAUAAAUGUGAUUUAAUCAAUCCAAGUACGGGAUUAAUAUGUAACAAACAAUUUUCUCGACCUUAUGAUUUAAUCAGACAUCAAGAAACUAUUCAUGCAACUAAGAAGAAAAUCUUCCGGUGUGUAAUUUGUGAAGGUCGAAGAUUUGGUGGACCAGGAAAUGGGAAAUCCAAGACUUUUUCCCGAGUUGAUGCCUUGUCUAGACAUGUGAAGGUGAAGCAUAAUUUGGUUGGUAAGGAAGCGUUGGAUUUGGUUAAUGAGGCAAAAGAGAAUGUUGAAUAUGUUAUGGUUUAA